CAACCUCCACUACCCUGUGUAAAGAUGGCGGCGACGGACUAUCAAAAUUUGCUAGCUUUGAUAGAUCGAGACAUUCCCGAAGGGAGAAAAAGUUUACAGGACAAUUACACUAAUUUAGAACAUGUUGCCAAAUAUUGCGAAUCAAAUUAUUUACAGGCGUCAGACAAGCGAAAAGCACUGGAAGAGACUAAAAACUACACAACCCACUCUUUGGCGUCUGUCGCGUACCAGAUCAAUGCCUUGGCUACCAACUUUCUCAAUUUGCUUGACCUACAGCAGACACAGCUUGCCAACAUGGAAUCCAGUGUCAACCAUUUAUCUCAGAUUGUCAUGAUACAUAAGGAGAAAGUUGCAAGACGUGAAAUUGGAGUGCUGACAACAAAUAGAACAGCAUCGCGACCACUGGGUGUCAAAAGUGGCAUCCUCUUUCCUGAGCAAACAGAGAGGCCAAUCAAAUACACACGCAAACCUAUAGACUACUCUGUCCUAGACGAAGUUGGCCAUGGUGUAAGGCCGCAACAGCAGGGUUCAGGAACUACACCUAGGUCAGGUCGCAGUUCAUCAGUAAGCAGCAGUGGAUCUGGAAGUCAGGCACCAACUACUAGACCACCAACUCCUCCUGUUUAUCGCCAAGGCAGCACCGGAACUAUUGGUCGGGCAAGUGGGAGUCAGUACCGUACUGUUGCUCCUCCUGUGGCCCCAGCAGCGCCUCCACAGGCUCCAAGUCUUCUCAGUAUUCACCAGGUUGGAGGCGGCAAUGCACCAGUUAAAAUCCAAGGGCCAUAUGCCCCAGCCCCAGGUGCCCAAAUGGGCCAGAUACGCAUGCCUACAGGCAUGAUGGGUCGCCCAGGAAGUCAAGCUGGGCGAGAGUCCAUGAUGAUGAUGAUGCCAGGAGGGCCAGUAAUGAUGGUCCCUGGUGGGCCAGGUAUGGGGCAGCGUCCCAAGUCUAACACCCACAUUGUGCAGCCUGCCCCUUCUCCACUAACAGGACAAGAAUCCAUCGCACUUUUACGGUACCGUUACCAAGCACCAGGGGGGCUAAAGAUGAACCAUGUUGAUCUAUCUCCCCCUUCUUUUCCCCUGGAUUCAGGGGACGACAUGUUUGAGGAAGCUAUGCCUCCUCUUCCACCACCACCUGAUGCAGGAGCAGACUCUUUUGACUACCCCCAGAUGCCACCAACUCUGCCCCCACCUGAAUUUAGUGACAUGCAAGGACAUCGAUCAGAGAGCCAGUCAGGAUUACCAGAAGAUCCCUAUGCAGCUACUGGGCCAGGUCUUCUGGGACAAGAGAGCUGGAUGCCCAAGACAUAUAUUGAGAAAGUUGUGGGCAUUUAUGACUAUGAAGCUGACAAAGAAGAUGAGCUAUCUUUUUCUGAGAAUGCUGUCAUCUAUGUCAUUCGGAAAAAUGAUGAUGGAUGGUGGGAAGGGGUUAUGGAUGGCAUCACAGGACUGUUUCCUAGCAAUUAUGUGGAGCCUUGCAUGUAAAGUAAAGUAAUGGAAAGAGGGAGUCACUGUUUGCUAUUAUUGUAUUAUUUUUGUGUAAAACUGUGCUUAUAUUUUGCUUAUUGGCAGCUGCAAAUGAAUAGUAUCUCCAUUUGGAGCUAAAACAUGACUGUGUGGCAAGCUGUUACACAUCAGGGAUAAUGUACAUCCAGGUAUCACCAAGACAUCAUUAAAUAAGCAUUACAGUUUGUCUACAGAAAAAUGAUUUCAGUUUCAAACUUGACUAAAAAUGUUCAUGCAAAAUACUGUUUGGAUCUAUUAUUUUGAUGCCAAAGUAUUCUAGUCAAUCACUAGACAAAACUGAGAUCAGUUAAUCCAUAUUUCUGGAUUUUCAGAGGAAUUUUCUGUUUUCCCACCUUUCUUCAUGGAAAGCAUAGAUGACAGGUUUGUGAUCUGGGCAUUUGAAAGUUUAACAGUGGCUAAUAAGCUUUAUUGCUAUGCAUUAUAAUGACAUAAAAGCUUGAUUUGAUUGAUCGAUUGAUAUUGUGUGUGUGUGUGGGAGAGAAAAAAGUGAGAUAGGGAUGAUCUUUCAAAAUUGAAUGCAUUGAAUAUGGCAUUUUAACAGACAUUCUUUGUAAGUUAUUUAUUCACACAUUCUUGUAAAUAUCUGUCUACUUAAAAAUGCUUUAACAAAUUUGUUUAGUCUUGAAAAUAUAUUGGAUCACAUGCAUAGUUUUUUAAUAGCAAUAGUUUUUCGCUUUAUUUGAACUUUGCAUGAAAAUCUUCAUUGUUCAGAAAAUUUUAGACUUUUGCUUUUUGGGGUUAUGCAAUAAGCAGGCACAUGAGUUUCAAAUAGCAGUUGGUAAAUAACAACAGUAGGUCAUAGGCUCAUUAGCACAAUUUAUUUAAUUGACCAAGUCAGGAAUAGCCCUUAUCAUUUAUUGAUGGUUCCUAAUGUUGGAGCAGGUAGCAUAAUGGUUAGAGCAAUGGCAUCUGAACCCAAAGGCACAUAAUAGCUGGCUUGAUACAAGUGUGACCUGGCAUAUUGUCACCAGUAGACCUGACUGUGGAAUAGGUUAACUGUAGAGGCUAGGGGAAGGUAAAGCAGUGAAGGAGAUGAGAUGACCACUUUGGUCACAAAAGCUGACCCCAAAGUAAGUGCCAUCUCUGACAAGUUAUUCCCAUGCCACCUUAAGGUCACAGACUACUUUUUUUUAUGUUGUCAAGUCUCUAUAUUUGAGCGUAAAAAGAAACUCUUGCCAAGAUUCUAAAAUAAAAAUUGUGACUGCUGUAUUCUUUAAUUAGCUUUUUUUUAAGUUUUUCAUCAGCCUGCUUUAUUUUCAAAAUAAACUUAUUACAUUGUCACAAUGGUGCUUUAUGACUUAUCUGCACAUUCCAUGCAAUUGUAGAGGUAGCUGUUGAAUUUGAAUGGCAUAAAGCUGACCAAUCCCUAUUCCUGGCUGAUUUAGUGACUUAUUUUAAUGCAAGCACAUGUUCCCCUUGAUAUUUUUCAUUGUAUGAAAUCUCCUCCAUUGUUGUAAAAGUGGAAACCUUAGUGUAAUAGUAUUGAUUUCUGAGUCUAACCACAGACAUGUAUAGGUGGAUUGCUGUCUCUCUGCCAAGACUUAUGCUUAGCCUCUUGCGAAGUUCUCCACUGUUAGUCUCAGCGAGCCUAAAAAAUAAAUGUGAAUAAACUGGAAAAAAAUCAUCUGCCAGCAAUCCAUUAAUACAAAUUCAUGUGGUCCAACCCAAAGUCAUUGUGUAGGGUUUGUCAGUGGAAGAGCCAAAACACAUUGCGAAAGGAAAACCUAGUACCAAGCACUGCCUGUUCCCUCUUUCUGAUCGAUGCUGUAGUUACUUUAUUCAUAUGUCCAAAUGUUCUUUCAUAAUUAGCAGAAUAGACAUAAAAUAUGAAGGUAAACAAAAUCCAUGUAACCAGGUUUUCUUGAUCAGCUACUUAAAUUUUCAUUUCUGUACUCUGUACAUUGUAUAUAUAUGCAUUUAGACACUUUGAAGAAUCUCAAACUGAUACAUAACUAGGAAGAGUCAUUUUUUUCCUUUAAUUUUCCUAAUGAAUCAAAAUAAACUUGAGGGAAAUCAUUGUU